AUAAAGUUUAUCUUAUUUUGAUAGACAAGUAACUCAAGAAACAAUGAGUUGUAUUUAGCUGUAAGUUGAACUGAAUGUUUACUUUCAGGAGUAUAAAGUCACCAUGCUGUUAUAUUGCAUGUCAGCACAUAUGUGACUCUGGUCCAACAGCAGGAGUUGGUCACACCUUGUCAUUGUGUAAACAGUAAUGUGAUGUUUUCAGCUGUAAAAUAAUACUAUAGAAUUAAUACAAGUGUUUGUAAAGCUGCUGCUGCUCUAACCCUGUCACAAACUCCACUUUGAAAGAGAAAUAGAGAGAGAUGGAAGGAGACGGAAGGCCACCCAGCCUUGUUGACUUCAGUGACUCGGCCAUUAAGGAAAUAUGGCUGCCGUGACCUCUGGAAAACCGCACACAAGCACCAAAAACAUCAGAGAGCUGCGCGCCUCCACCGCCUGCAUGAGAGCGAGGGAGCAGGUGAUGGAGGGAAGGGAACAGAGAGGGGAACAGAGAGGUGGUCGGGGUGCAGAGUGCAUUUUUAUGAGCCUGUGCUUCUCCAGUUUCUGGGUCGUUUGGAGACUUGGGAAUAAAUUUUCACCCCAACACUCCAUCUUUGCAGCUUUCUUCUGGGAGACUCACCAAGUAAAUCCACACUUAUCUGCUCCUGCAGCCUGUUUGCAAACUUUUCCUCCACUUUCUCUCCUCCUCCUCCGCCUCCCUCCUUUUCCCUUCUGUUUAUACCUCAGCUCCCCACCACCUCCUUCCGUCUGCUUUCUCCUCUCAGUUUCUUUUUGUUUAUGGUAAACCAAUCCUACCUUUUCCCCUUCUGUUAUUUUCUUCUUCUCCCUCCACUUCCCUCCACCACCACCACCCUCCUCCCCCCUUAUAGAUGGAGAUUAACUGGGGAGCGCAGCGCCAUCCGUCCUUGCGACUGUUUGUUGUUAAGGAGAUGGAUGGAGGCUCCCUCUGCCAGCCCCACGCAGCCGCAAUUACACCAGCCGCCAUGAUGGAUGGAGGGG